CAUGCUUCUUGGAGCCUCAGUGUUGCUCUAACGAAGAGCAUGACAACCUUCCUUUCCCCGACGCUAAUCGUCGAAGGACAAGGAUUCAAGGCAAAAGGUAUCCAGGUACGCAACACGGCAGGACCCGCUGGCCAUCAAGCUGUCGCGUUGCGCGUGAGUGCCGACAAAUCAUCAUUUUACCAAUGCACCUUCGACAGCUUCCAAGAUACACUCUACGUUCACAAUUACCGCCAAUUUUACCGAGACUGCACCAUCAAGGGCACCAUCGACUACAUCUUCGGUAAUGCCUGGGCGGUGUUCCAGAACUGCCGACUCACAGCGAAAAAGUCCACAAUCGUGGGCCAAGUUAAUGUCUACACGGCGCAGGGCAAGACGGAUCGUGGCCAGACCACGGGCAUUUCGUUUCAGAGCUGUACGUUCGACGCCACUACCGAUCUUGCCAGAAACUCCAAAGCAUUCCCAACAUAUCUCGGCCGACCCUGGAAGGCCUACGCUACCACGGUCCUGUUACGGUCCCGAAUCCUGGCCCAUGUCCGUCCCCAGGGCUGGCUUCCAUGGAACGCUUCCAACUUCGGCUUGCGGACCUCCUAUUUCGCCGAGUACCAGAGCUCCGGCCCCGGCGCUCUUCCAAGCUCCCGAGUAGCCUGGUCGAAGCAGAUCAAAACUGUUACUGAUGCCAACAAAUACCAAGCCUCUGUGUUCAUCCAAGGUAAUUCAUGGGUAAAGGCGACGAAUUUCCCUUACACCGGCGCUCUGUUUACAUAACUCCCAAACUCGUCGUCCUCGAUCAUGGCACAAUCAGCUGUGUCUGUUUGGCGCAGUCGUAGCUCCGGUGAUUGUUUACCGACACCAGUCGGUGUCUAGACAAGAUUCAUACAACAAACCUUCAUCUAGUGACCAAACCGAUGACUGAUCGUGAGAUUCGGCAGAUGGGUGCCGUAAACAGACCAAUUGCUUUUGUGUUGUUGACAAUCGUCGAAUUCAUUCAGGGUAGGUCAAGAUCGUUUUGCGAUCGAUCAUUCUUUUUCGUGGUAUCAAUAAGAAACUGUAAAUACAUUCGUGCAUGCAUCGAAGAUGCGUCUGGAUUCCGGCGUGCUCCUCCUGAUUCUGUCGAAGGAUUCAGCUUCUUAUUGAUCGUGUCGAUCUGGUGUUUAUUGUCCAGGGAAUUGUUGUGCUUGUGUUGUAAGCAUGCCAUAAUUUUAUUACCGUCCAGUUGUUGAGGAGAAUAAUUCUUUCCUCGGAAACAUCCAGAUGUGCAAGAUAGCGAGGUCAAUGGUCACUUGGCAUCAAUUAAAGAUGUUAGAUUCUUUGUUUAAAUCUGCCAAGUUUUUAUUAUUUUCAUU